AUGAAUAAAGAAAAUUUUUACUUCUACGUUAAAGUGCGUACUGCACUUAAUAUUCCAGCCAAAGAUAUUCACGAAGAACUAUGUUUUGUUUGUGGUGAUGAAACGUCUUCUCUGAAGACUAUUGAAGAAUGGUCUAAAUGUUUUCGUGAAGGUCGAGAAGAAGCUGAAGACGAAGUACGAUCUGAUAGUCUUGUUAUUGAAACAACAUCUGAAAGUAUUGAACAACAAGUAAAAGAACAACAGAAACGAAAUGAAAAAGUACGAGAUAUGCCUCAAUUAGUUCGUGAUUUUCUUGAUCCAGCUGAAUUUUAUCAACAAAUAAAAAACAAUCUGUGCCAUCAUAUUAUUACUGCCAAUGAAGGAUCUGCUGUUGGUCUUGCUUGUGGUUCAUAUAUGGUAACAGGACAACCUUCAUUAGUCUAUUUACAAAAUUGUGGUUUGGGCAAUAUUGUUAAUCCUAUUAUAUCUCUUGCAACAUCAAGUAUUUAUGGUUUACCAAUGUUGUUGCUAAUAGGUUGGCGUGGCGAACCAGAUAAACCAGAUGAACCACAACAUCGUGUUCAGGGACCUGCAACACCUAGUAUGCUUGAUGAGCAAAUAUUAUUUAUUAAAACUUUAAAUACAAUAUGUAUUUUUUUAGCUGCACUCGGUAUUCCUUUUCAAUCAUUACCGAAUAAUCAUGAUGGCGCUGGUCAAGCACUUGAAACAGCUAGACAUUAUAUGAAAACAACAAAAGGUCCUUAUGCAUUACUUGUUAAACGAGAAACAUUUUUACCAUAUAAAUUACCUAAAAUAGAUGUAGAUGUAGAAAUUAGAUUACCUUUAACACGUGAACAAGCAUUAGAAUGUGUUAUGAAUCAUUUUCAACAGCAAGAUAUUGUUGUUAGUACAACAGGAAUGCUUAGUAGAGAAUUAUUUGAACUUCGAACAAAACGUCAUGAUGGACAUGAACAAGAUUUUUUAACUAUUGGUGGAAUGGGUCAUGCAUCAUCAAUUGCAUUAGGUAUUGCUAUUCAAAAACCAAAUCGAACUGUAUUUUGUUUGGAUGGUGAUGGAGCUGUUCUAAUGCAUAUGGGUAUUUUAGCAAAUAUUGCUGCAGCUACACCAUCAAAUUUUAAACAUAUUGUAUUUAAUAAUGGUGCCCAUGAUAGUGUUGGUGGUCAACCAACAGUUGCUGGUAAUCAUGAGAAAUUUUCAUUUUGCCACAUAGCUCAAGAUUGUGGUUAUAAACAUGUAAUGAUAGCCACAAAUCAAUUUGAAAUAAACGAAGCAAUGGAAAAAAUUCGUGCAAUUAAUAGUGAUGGUCCAAUUUUACUGGAACUUCGAAUUCAAACUGGUCAUAGAAAAAAUUUAGGUCGACCAACACGGUCAACUGAUGAAAAUAGAAAAGAUUUUAUGCAUUUUUUACAAUUGAAUUAA